UUUGUUGCAGCCCGGACAUAUUUUGACGGCACACAGCAACAUGGAUCCUGACUCCGAACGUGUUUUGCAGUAUUUGACAGAAGUUGAAGAGGCAGCUGAGGAUGUUCUCGCCACUAAACAACAGAUCGUGGAUCUUGACACGAAGAGAAACAAGAACAGAGAGGCACUGAGCGCAUUGAGAAAUGAGUUUUCAGAUUCAGAAAAAGUGAAAGUUUGCUUUGGAAACAUGUUCAUUAAAUUCCCUGCAGCCAAAACCAAAGAGAUGAUUCAGAGAGAUCAGGAGCAGCUGGACAAAGAAAUAAAUGAUCUCCGCAAUGGACUGAAGGCAAAGGUCAAUCGUCUGAAUGAGAUACAAGGAAAACCGGAGCUGAGAGGCUACAGUCUGACGUCUUUGUCGGCCGAUGAACUGAAAGCCGUGAACAGCCUCCUGAAGAGAUGACGCAGCAUCUGUGGGCUCAGGUUCUACCGUCAUCAGAGAAACAUUAAGCGCUGUUUGGACUGGGUCUUUCUGAUCUGGGUCUUGGUGUUUUGUUGCACGUUCAACAUAGACAACAUGUUGUUUGUUGACACUGAAACUGUGGCUGAGUUCGGAUCCUCAUCCUGGACGUAUUUUUUCUACGUUCAUAAAGAGUGUGUUGUAUGUGGUGCAAGAUCACAGUGGAAACCCUUCGAAAUGUGCAUUAUUUAUAAAAAUCUGUGUGAAGUCACUUGAUACACAUCAGAAUGUUUGGUUUCUGGUGUUGUGGCUCAUUUCAGCAUUUCGGACUGAAAGAUUUUUGCCUUUUUUUUUUUUUUGCCACAAAUGAU